GCGGCUCUUUCCUCAUCGAUUCAGGUCUGCUUUGGGAGUACUUCUGAGAUAAAGGAGUUUACGUAUUUUUAUUUUUACUGCUUUGUUUUUCAGCCGUUCAGUCCAGAGUUUUUUUUUUUUUUUUUUACUUUUUGUGACCCACAUACCUGAUGAAGAUGUGGUCAGUGAACGUUAUGAUCCUCCUGCUGUUCUGCUAUGCUUGUCUUGCAACUGACAAGAUCGAAGUGCGUUUUGUCUCGAGGAACUUUCACAACGUGCUGCACUGGGAUGCUUUUCCUGGGCAAAAGGUGCUCUACAGCGUCGAGUACAAGAGUGAUGCCGAAGGGAAGGAUUUCAAGAAAAAAGCGCAGUGUCAGAACAUUCCUGAUCGGUCCUGUGAUCUCACUGACGAAACCCCAUCGCUCCACGAUGUACACUACUGGGCUCGAGUGUGUGUUAACGGCAGCAUCUGUGGCUGCACCUGGAGGUUUAAACCUUUAGCAGAGACUGCUCUUGGAGCACCCAUCUUGUUUACAUACACAACAGCGUCAUCCCUGUAUGUGAACGUCACCCUGCCUUUGGGGCCACAUGGAGUCUCCAUUGAAGACACCAUCACCAAAAGCAAAAAUGGGUCCUCCAAAGCUAUUGCUCUUUACACUUUAAAAAUCACCCGUCCAGAGUGGGCUGCACAGGUCAUUCAUAGCAGAAGUAAGCAGUUCAUUAUCGACUUGAAGAACAAAGAAACAGAAUACUGCGGCAAUGUGACGUACAGGUUAACGUCUCACUGGGGUCGCCCAGAGAGUGAAAGUCAGCCGUUCUGCACUACACUGCAAGAUGAUUCUCAGCUUUUGCAAUGGGUUCUCAUGAGUGCUGCUGUUCUGGCAGCCGUAAUCAUCAUAUCCGUCGUGUGUAUGUGCAACUACGUGAAGGGUGGAAAGCCAAAGAGCAUGCCACAAGCAUUGGUCACCACUUCUGGGACCUGUAAAGUGCUGGAGUUUCCAGAUAGGAAUCGCAUCAUCUCCGAAAUCAACCUCUGCACUCAAACCAACCAGACAAUUUACGCUAAAAUCCAGGUGCAGCCAAGCGCGCCCUCACCUGGGUUCGAGGAUUAUUUUCCCCAUGACAUCCCUUUCCACCCGUGGCCAGUCAGCAGUGGCUCCUCUGUGGGAACAGGAGCAGGCAGGAUCGCUGCAAAUCCUGAAGACACAAGCGCCCAGUCAUCUGAUAUCUACAGUGCAGUGGCUGUCCAUGUCCCAGCUGAGGAGAAUGACAGUUUUCAGCAGGCAACCACUGAAGACAGAGGAAACAGUCCCACAAGUUUGUGUCCCAGUGACGAAAGCUGGAGUAAAGAAGGAAUGCAUUCAAAGCCGAUCUCACGUGGAGAGUCACCAUUAUCUGAUUUUGACAUUUGUGAGAGCAGUCCAAUAAGUCAGCUGCUACUCAACACAGUGCGAGAUCACAACGGACAACUCAUGUUGCCUUUGCUCACUUUUUCGUCACAGAGCAGCGCUGAUGACACAAAGUCACCAGUGAACCCGGAGAGAAAACUCCUUUUAUCAGACCUCAUAGACUCCACGGAUGGGCCAUCGUUAGCAUCCUUGCAGUGCUUCGACAGCUCCGAGUGGUCAGACUCUGGGUGUGAUGACAGCACUGUAAACACACCCACCCACCCGUACUGCAACAGCCAUUACUUCCCGUCUCAAACAGUUGUUUCUGAUUUUCACCAGGGAUGUCAGAGCACGCCAUGUAGUGACGCCAUACUUGAAUCAGGUUACAAACAAAACUGGAUGCCUGCAAUCCCUUGUGGACCUACAGCCACAGAGCAUUGUGAUUACAAAAGGACGAGCUAUGUUCAGAACUGGACUGGUGAAGGGGAGGACAGUGAAGGCAAAGAUGGAGUGGAGAUAUCAAGACAGCUUCUCCUGGGAAGCUGGAAGAUACAAAUUCAAGAAUAAUUCUUGAUUAACUUUCAGGCUUUACAGACUUUUCACCUGUACUGAAAAUACGAUAGAGAUGAUUCAUCAAAGUACCCUUUUUUGUUUGUUUUCUCAACAACAAAGUGGGGAAAGGGACUGACAGGUUCUCUAAGUAAUAAUGCAGAACUCAGGCAAAUUAACUGCUUUGCUAUCUCCUGUGUUGUUGAUGACACAGAGACAGACUGACAGUCAUUUUGAGUGGAAAUAGUCAACGUUUAUCCAGAACUAAGUCACAUUUAACAACCACCUCUGAACCACAUUUCAUUCCUGGAUAUUAUACAUAUGCUUUGCUGUAUAUUUGAUUUAUUUAUCGAUGCACAAUUGUAAACUAUUCAAAAAUAUGGAUCGCCUCAAGUGGUGGGCUUACAUUUAAGGAUUGUAUAUAUAUCAUUUGUAAAGUCCUU